AUGGCGGUGGCGGCGGAGGUGGCAGGGCCAGUUGUCAGAAGUCGUAAGUUGGUGACCAAAAAGAAAAUGAUGCAUUUCUAUUGCUGUGAUGGUCGUGUGUCCCAGUCACUCAGGUUCAACAGGAAAAUGUUCGUCUGGCAACAUAUCUCCGUCUCUCUAGACCUGGAGGCUGGUCUCUUGCGAGUGAUCUACGAUGAUCUGGACUACCUUAUACACCUGGAGCCGUCCAAGUCAGAACAUGGAGGUGUGGAACAACUGAAGAUUCGUGGAGGAGGUCGUUUAGUCGUCGGCCAGAAGCUGUACUCUCUGCAGGGCGACUUUAUCAUACAGGAGACCCUAGAUGGUGAAGUCGGCGACUACAGGAUUUACGACAUCGCUUUGGAACACUCACAGAUAGUUGAACUGCUAAACUGUAGAGACGUACCCGAGCUGAAACAGCCGUUGAUAAAUCUAGAAAACGGGGCGCUGAAGGCGAGGGGACCUACCACGAUGCGCAACAUGUCCUUGGGAGAGAUCUGCUCUGGUCACAUUACCGGGUUCUAUCUUUUCUUCUCCGAGAAGACGAUUUUCCAGCACGCGUACUCCUGGUGUAGUAAGCUGCAUGGAAGCCUCAUCCUCCCCGAGGACAACCAGACUAACGCUUACUUCUUCGACAAGUUCGUGAGUUACAAGGAACAGUGCCACAACAUCUGGACGCAUCUCUUUUGGAUGGGCUCCAAGGGAAACCUAACGACCCAGCAGUGGCUCAAACUCUCAGACAAGACUCCAGUAACGUGGCAUCCCUUCAUCAAAGAAUAUACAACAGUCUCGCCGGAGUUCCAGUGCAUAGCCGCUGUGACGCACAGGCCUUACCAAUGGGCUGCGUGCCCAUGUGAUAUAGAAACUUGCAUCGUAUGUAACUUUACCAGCUAUCCUACGAUGAGGCUGCGAGGACUCUGUGAGGACUCGACUUUAGAUCGCAGCUUCUCCUUUCGUGACAACGAGAACUUCGAGCUUAUCUUAGAUGGGAUGAAGCAUAUAAUGAUUCGCAAAGAGAACGGCUCAUGGGUUAUGAGGAGCAGAGUGUACGAUGAAGUCUCGGCUGUUAUGCUCUCCCGGUGGAAAGGUGAAUACCCUGUGGGAGUUCACACCUGGAGAGUGCACGGCGACAGGUGCUUGCAAGAGGAGGUGCAGCUGCUUCUCACCUCCUGCAGCAGCGACGAGUACACGUGUGACGACGGCACUUGUAUCUCCAAGACCAGUCGUUGUGACCUCAGCAUUGACUGUGGCGACCAGAGCGACGAGAUGAAUUGUAACGUCGUCCAGGUCCCUGUGGGCUACUCUCCAUCCCUGCCUCCCCCAACACUCCUCUCCAGCCCCGUCCCUAUCCUCUUCUCCCUCAACAUCACCUCAGUCAGGGAGUUCAAUCUCGCCUCCUUCACUAUCAGCAUCGACUCCACCCUCGAACUCAAAUGGAAAGAUCGCAGACUCAAGUUUAACAACCUUCAGCAGAACUUCCGGGCUAACAAGGUGAAGGAGGUGAAGGAUGUGUGGACGCCGACGCUGGCUAUCGCAGACGGCACGCACAGCGUCGCGCAGCAGCAGAUACAGACGGAGGCAGUCUUCAUUAACAGGACCUCACGACCUCUACCAGACGAUGACCACAUAAUUCGCGAAGACACUGUAUACAGCGGGGGGGAGAAUGUGUUGAUUCAUCACGAGGAAUCGAGUUUAACCUUCAAGUGCCACUUCAGACUCCAGCUUUAUCCGUUCGACAAGCAACAUUGUUCCAUUAUUUACCGCUUGCAAGACGUCUCCAAGGAUCUCGGCGUUCUUGUGAAGGACGGGACCGGAGUACAUUUCCUGGGCACACGCCAGUUGCUGGAAUACAGCCUCGUCUCGGAGAAGUGUUCUUACUAUACUCUAAGUGAAGUUAGCUACGUGGAGGUUGAGCUCUACUUCAGGAACCAGUAUGGCUACUAUAUAGGGAACACCUUCCUCCCUUGCAUCCUGCUGGUGAUCAUAUGCUGGCUGUGCUUCUUCUUUCACAUCUCUGACUUCCAGGAUCGCAUCAUGGUGUCGUUAACAUCACUGCUGGUGCUGGCCACCUUCUUCACACAGACCAGUCAGAGCAUACCCAAGACCUCUUACCUGAAGCUCAUCGACGUGUGGUUCAUCGUCCUCAUCGCCAAAGACUUCGUCAUCAUGGUCGCUCUUGUGUACAUCGAAGUCCUCCGCUUGCGGUCUCAGGAGGAGGAGGAGACGUUGAAGGGAGUGUCACUGGUGGUGCCGGUAGUAUCCAGGUCUCAGAAGAACGCCAUGGCUUGGUAUGGAUACCCUAGCCUUGAUGGGAAAACCAAAGAAGUAGUGGAUAAAGAGGGGUUAUGCCGGAGAGGCAGAGAGGACUCUCGUAACAAGAAGGUUCCCAACAAAGUCCCGGCAAGUACAAGAGUUGCUGGUGGCACUGCGGGAGCUUCCAGUUCUUUUAUGGGUAGGAAAGAUUACAAUGGAAAUAUUCCAGUCAGUCUGAAGGCCAAGAAGGUGAACAGAAUGUUUCUGUACCUCUUUGGAGUGAUGGUGGGCCUCCUGCUGUUGUGCUUUGCUGCCAUGUGUAUCUUCAGCGCUCUAAGUAACUGACCUGCUGCAUUGUCUCUCGGUAACCUACUGUAUUCUCUAAGUAACUGGCCUGAUCUAUUAUUAUUCUGAUCCGUCGAAGGGUGUGUCUAGUUGCUUGUGAAUGACUUUUGAUUCAAGGAUUUGGAGCUUCUUUCCCCUCACUUGGAUCAAACCUGACUGCCUGCCAUGUCAACACACGACUCUUCACUUACAAAGAGCGACAUUAUCUGCCCGAGGCGAUAAUUACCUGCCUUAAUGUAAUUUGUGUAAAUUGUCAAGUGUCUUCCUAAUUAUCUAUCUUACUUUUAUUUUUCGUUUCUUUUGUUCACGUUCUUCUUGU